AUGAGUAUGAUUAAAGAGGAGAUCAACGUCCCCUUCGAUGCAAAUCAUGCAGGUGACGGGACGGAGGGGCAGAUCAAAACUGAACCAACCAUCGGAGUGAAGUAUACGUGGUGUCCCGUUGAACCAGAUCCAUUUUUUGAAGAAUACAGUCUGGAAGGUCUUGUGAAUGGAGACUUUGACCACUUAUUCGAUGAAACAAUGGAAUCAACAAACGAGCCAUUGAGUGGAAUGCAAGAAAAAGAACAAGAGAAAGAACAAGAAAAAGAACAAGAGAAAGAACAAGAAAAAGAACAAGAGAAAGAACAAGAAAAAGAACAAGAGAAAGAACAAGAAAAAGAACAAGAGAAAGAACAAGAAAAAGAACAAGAGAAAGAACAGAAAAAAGAACGAGAAAAAUAA